AUGGAAGAUAGUAGAUCAUCAAAUUAUAAAAUAGGAGAAAUGAAACAACUUGAUAUGGUUUAUUUAAUGAAAGUAGCACUUCAUGUCUUUGACAUGAAUGACAUUCAAAACAUUGAAAUGAUUAACAAGAAAUGUGGAACUGCAAUUAACUCAUUGAAAGUUAAUCCAUGGUUUAAAUCAGAAAGAGAUAUUAAUAAGUUUUGUAACAUAUUUAAUCCACCAACAUGUAAUUGUAAUUUACUUCCUGUUGAUGAAUCAGUAUUAAUGAAAGUUGAGAAUAUUAGAAAUUAUGAAUUAGACAGUUUCAAUCACCCAGUAAAAAUGGUAAAUCCAAUCAAUCAAUUUAAUCCACAACAUCAAAAAAUGACAGAAGAAGAAAAGGAGCGAAUGGUUAAAAUUAUACAAAAAGUUGAAUCUAUGACAUAUUUUUCAAAUAUUACAGAAGAAAUGAUUGAACUUGUUAUUCAAAACAUGAAGAAAGGAAUUAAAAUAAGAACUUAUGAAAUUUGUGCAAAGCAAUUUAAUGAAAUCUUUGAUAAAAUGAAAAUAGAAGAAUCAAUGUAUCCAAGUGAAAUGAUAAUUUAUGGAAGAGUAAACAAUAAUUGGAUUAAGGCUAGAGAGAAUAAAAAUAUCAUUGUUAUCUAUGAAACAAGAGAACCUUUUGAAUCUAAAAGUGAAGUAAAAAUACCAAAAGGUAUUAGAGUUUAUUCUUCAAAGAUUCUUUUGUCGGAACCAAAUAAUGAAACAAAUAUUAAAUUUGUUAGAUCACCAGUUGACUCAUUAUUUUCAAAUGUAAAAUUAGAGUCAUUUGAUUCAUUUAGAGAUGCUGAUGUUUCUAGUGUUGGUGUGUGUAUAGAAGAUAUUAUUAAUGAAGAGAAUAGAAAGAAGGUUUAUAAGAUUCUUAAUGAUCUUUAUGCAAACUCAAUUUCAAUUAAUGAAAAUAGUCAACCAUUAUUUGGUCAAAAUCAAGACUUAACACCAAUUGAACUACCACGAUUACCUGAAUACAUUAAAUACCUUUGUGUUCAUUCAAUAAAUUCAAAUAUUGUAAUUAAUCAACAAAACAUUGAAGGUUUAGAAAUAAAUUCAUUAAAAUCUUCACUUGAACUUCGUUAUGUGAAGAAUUUGAAAAAGUUAAAACUACGUGGAGUUAAUAAACUAAAGAUAAAUGAAAUAAACGAAGAACAAGAAAUCAAAACAACAAAUAACAGAAGAUAUUGGAAAGAAAUAAAAGAAGGUAUAAAUACAUUCACAAAUCUUGAAGAACUUCGAUUAAACUGUUCUAAUUUAAAUACUAGUUUAGUAUUAAAUAAAUUAAAGAGUGUUGAAGUAAUUGAGUGUAGAGAAUGUAAAAUUAAUAUAAAAUCAGAUUGUAUUGAAAGAUUGAAGUUAGAAGGAAAUAUUCAAACACAAAUCAAAUUAUCAACAAAUAAACCAACUGAUAUUUGUAUUAAAGAAUGUGAUACUUUCAAAUUAGGAAUAGAAUCUAAUAAUGAACAAAAUAUUGAAAUAAUAAAAGGAAAUCAGACUAAUGUAAAAUCAAAAUGUCCAAUUAACAAAUUAAUAAUAGUAGAAUCUAAAGAAGUGAAUAUUACAGGAAAUGAAAAAUGUAAUACAAUGAAAGUUAUUGAAUCUACAAUCAAUGAAAUUGAUAUUAAACCAAAAAGAAUUAUAUUUAAAUCAAUUGAAGAAUACAUUAAAGUACCUCUGAAAGAAGCAGAAGAGAUAUAUAUUGUAUCAAUGAAAGAUUAUAUCUUUGAAGAAUUAUUUGAUAAAUGUAAGAAAUUAUGUAUUGAUGAAUGUGAGAAUUGUCAAUUCAUAAUCAACAAGAAUCAAAUCAAAGAAGUGAAAAUAACAAAAUGUAAAAAUACAGAAAUCAUAGGGAAGUUAGAUAAUAUUGAAGAAAUCAUCACAAUAGAUAAUGAAGAAUGUAAUAUUCCAGAAACAAAGAAUGUUAUAAAAGAAGAUACAGAAAUAAUAGAAAUAAAUAAUACAAAUAAAGAUAUAGAAAUAGAAACAGAUAAGAAACAUGUUAUAAUAAGAAAUACUCAUGACAGUAAUAUUAAAAUUGAAAGUGAUAUUAAUAGUGAUGUUACAAUAGAAAAUAGUGAAAAUAUCGCACUUGAUGGAGAAUAUGAGCACUAUGGAACUAUUCAAUUCAUUAAUUGUAAGAGUAAUAAAGAAACUCGAUUUAAUAAUCAAGAUAAUAGAUCAACAAUUGGAUGUGCUAGAUCAAUAUCAAUUAAUAAAUGUGAGAAUAUUGAUUUUGAAAGUUGUGGAACUAAAAAGUUAUUAGAAAUUAUUGAUAGUAAAGUAGGUAUUUGGUCAUACUCUCAAACAAACAUUGACACAAUAUAUAUUGAAAACUCUGAGUUAUAUUGUUUUGAUUUAUGUAUACUAUGUAACAAAGCAAUUUUAAUUAAUAGUACUGAAAUUUAUAGUAUCAUUCAACACUGUAAGGAAGAGCUUGUAAUGAAAAGAAUAAAUGAUACCCAAUUCAUGUUAAACCAAUUUUUGAAGAAAGUUGAAAUGGAAGAAUGUAGUGGAAUUGAUAUUAAGAAUGAUGUUAAAGGAAAAGAAGUUAAAAUGGUAAGAUGUCAUAAUAUAAAGAUAAUUGAUACAUCAAAUUCAAUCAACCAGAUUGAAUGUGAUAAUAUUGAAGUAAUAACAGAACAACAAAAUGAAAUGAUGAGAGGAUUUGGAAUGAUGGGAGGAUUUAUUCCUAAUAAUAUGCCAAUGGGAGGAUUUAUUCCUGAUAAUAUGCCAAUGGGGGAUGAUUUGGCGAUGGAUUCGGUAUUUAGUCAAGAAAGUAAUGAUGAUGAAUAA